AUGUCCCGCCCCCUGGAGAACAAGCUAGCCAUCAUAACCGGGUCCUCGCGCGGUCUCGGUGCUGCACUCGCACGGCAUCUCGCCUCCAAAGGCGCCAACAUUGUCAUAAACUAUAUCUCCUCGACAUCUACACCUCUGGCCGAAGCACUCGCCGCAGACCUCGAAGCCCAGCACUCGGUCAAGACUCUAAUCGCCAAAAUCGACAUUACGCACCCCGACGGCCCAGCCAACCUCGUAGCGGCCACCAAGUCCGCUUUCUCGAAAGCAGAUGGCAAGUUUCAAAUCGACAUUCUAAUCAACAAUGCUGGUGUCGUGAAUCCCGCUCCCAUGGGUGCCAUUACGCUUUCAGACUUUGAGCAGACAUUCCAACUCAAUACCCGUGCUCCGCUCUUCGUCUUACAAGCCGCGCUCCCAUAUCUCCCGCACGACCGCUCGGGCCGUGUCAUCAAUGUAUCCAGCAUCACGACUUCAAUGGGAUUCUGGUGGCAGUCAUCCUACGCAGGGACCAAGGGGGCGCUUGAAGCCAUGACCCGUGUGUGGGCGUGCGAGCUCGCUGAGCGGUGUACGGUUAAUUCGAUCAACCCCGGGGCUAUGGCGACGGAAAUGUAUACGAGUCUGCCCAAGGAGAUGCUGGAAAAGGUGUGGUCACUGAAUUAUAUGGCACCGUUGGCCGAGACGAGAGAAGGAGUAGAUGACGAAGAAACGGUGAAGAUGGCGAGGGAAUUAGGUGGGAGGCCGGCGUAUCUGGAGGUGGCGGGGAUUGUGGGGUUGCUUUGCAUGCAGGAGGCGGGGUGGAUUACUGGGCAGGUGGUUGGGAGUAACGGUGGGGGUGUUAUGACAAAGGGGUGA